UCUUUCUUAUUUUGGUGAGGGGGAGAAGAUAACAUUUUUAACCCCCCAUCGAGGAGUCAGGCCCAUCGCAAAUGGCUUCGUUUCCCGAGUCCGACUUCCAGAUCUGCCCACUGUGCAAGGAGAUGUGCGGCUCGCCGGCUCCCCUUUCCUCCAACUCCUCUACCUCCUCGUCCUCCUCGCAGACCUCCGGCUCCUCCGGGGGCGGCGGCGGCGGCUCCUCCUGCGGGGGCCCGCCGCGGAGGCUCCACGUCCUGCCCUGCCUGCACGCCUUCUGCCGCCAGUGCCUGGAGGCGCAGCGGCACCCCGGGGCGGGGGACGCGCUCAAGCUGCGCUGCCCCAUCUGCGACCAGAAGGUGGUGAUCUCGGAGCCCUCGGGUAUGGACGCGCUGCCCUCCUCCAACUUCCUCCUCAGCAACCUGCUGGACGUCGUCGUCGUGGCCGCCGCUGCCGACGAGCAGAAGAACGGCCGCGCCGCCGGGGCCGGAACCACCCCAGGCUCCGGCGCGGGAGGGGGAAGCGGCGGCAACAACCGCCACCACGGCCGCCCUCCGCCGCCUCCCCGCGCCGCCGGCUCCUCGCCCGCCGCUGCCUCGGCUGCGCCUUCCUCGACAUCGUCGUCGUCGUCCUCGGGCGGCGGCGGCGGCUCGGCGGCGCUUCUGCUGCGGAGGCCCCACAGCCGGCAGGGCGAGCCCCGCUGUAGCUCCUGUGACGAGGGCAACGCUGCCAGCUCCCGCUGCCUCGACUGCCAGGAGCACCUGUGCGACAACUGCGUGCGGGCGCACCAGCGCGUCCGACUCACCAAAGACCACUUCAUCGAACGCUUCGCCGCCGGCCCCGCCGCGCCGAUCGCCCUCAACCCGUCCUACCCUGCCUCGCCCUACAACAUCCUCUCGGUGUUCCCCGACCGGGCCAGCUACUGCCAGCAGCACGACGACGAGGUACUGCAUUUCUACUGUGAUACCUGUUCUGUCCCCAUAUGUCGGGAAUGUACCAUGGGACGACAUGUGGGUCACAGCUUUAUCUACCUCCAAGAUGCCCUACAGGAUUCCAGGACUCUCACCAUUCAGCUUCUGGCAGAUGCUCAGCAAGGACGACAGGCUAUUCAACUGAGUAUUGAACAGGCCCAGGCUGUGGCAGAGCAGGUUGAGAUGAAAGCGAAGGUGGUACAGUCUGAAGUCAAAGUAGUGACUACUAGACAUAAGAAGGCCUUGGAAGAGCGAGAGUGUGAACUGCUCUGGAAGGUGGAAAAGAUUCGUCAAGUCAAGGCUAAGUCACUCUACUUGCAAGUUGAGAAGUUACGUCAGAACCUAAAUAAGUUGGACAACACCAUUAGUGCUGUUCAGCAGGUCCUGGAGGAAGGCCGUACCAUGGAUAUUCUCCUGGCUCGGGACCGCAUGCUGGCUCAGGUACAGGAACUGAAGAAUGUGAGAGGCCUUCUCCCGCCACAGGAAGAUGACAGGAUCAUGUUCACUCCCCCUGACCAGGCAUUGUAUAUGGCCAUUAAAUCAAUGGGAUUUGUCAGCAGCGGGGCUUUUGCUCCUCUGACCAAAGCCACUGGGGAAGGCCUCAAGCGUGCACUGCAGGGCAAAGUGGCCUCUUUCACAGUGAUAGGCUACGACCACGAUGGUGAGCCUCGCCUCUCAGGAGGUGACAUGAUCUCUGUGGUGGUGAUGGGCCCAGAUGGAAACCUCUUUGGGGCAGAUGUCAGUGACCAGCAGAAUGGAACCUACUUGGUCAGCUACCGUCCACAGCUGGAGGGGGAGCACCUGGUGUCUGUGAUGAUGUGCAACCAACACAUUGAGAGCAGCCCUUUCAAAGUAGUGGUGAAAUCUGGGCGCAGCUACAUUGGCAUCGGACUGCCGGGGCUCUCCUUUGGCAGCGAGGGAGACAGUGAUGGCAAGCUCUGCCGCCCCUGGGGGGUUAGCGUAGACAAAGAAGGCUACAUCAUUGUUGCCGACCGCAGUAAUAACCGUGUCCAAGUAUUCAAACCAUGUGGGACCUUCCACCACAAGUUUGGCACACUGGGCUCCCGGCCAGGCCAGUUCGAUCGCCCUGCCGGUGUGGCCUGCGACAUCUCGCGUCGCAUCAUUGUAGCUGACAAGGACAAUCAUCGCAUCCAGAUCUUCACGUUCGAGGGGCAGUUCAUUCUGAAGUUUGGGGAAAAAGGAACAAAGAAUGGGCAAUUCAAUUACCCAUGGGAUGUGGCUGUCAACACAGAGGGCAAGAUCCUUGUUUCUGAUACAAGGAACCAUCGUGUUCAGCUGUUCGGGCCAGAUGGUGUGUUUCUGAACAAGUAUGGCUUUGAAGGGGCACUCUGGAAGCACUUUGAUUCCCCCAGAGGUGUGACUUUCAAUCACGAGGGCCACUUGGUAGUGACGGACUUCAACAACCAUCGCCUUCUGGUCAUCCAUCCAGAUUGCCAGUCAGCACGCUUCCUGGGCUCGGAGGGCACUGGGAAUGGCCAGUUUCUGCGCCCACAGGGAGUGGCAGUGGAUCAAGAGGGGCGCAUCAUCGUGGCUGACUCCAGGAACCACCGGGUGCAGAUAUUUGAGUCAAAUGGCAGCUUUUUAUGCAAGUUUGGUACUCAGGGAAGUGGCUUUGGUCAGAUGGACCGUCCUUCAGGUAUAGCUGUCACCCCUGAUGGCAUGAUUGUUGUGGUCGAUUUUGGAAACAAUCGAAUUCUCAUCUUCUAAUCGGUGUUUGAAUUAGGAAGAAACUGUCUCAGGGAUAUUCUUCUAAGAGAAAAUGAAAAGAAAUACAACAUUAAUUCAAACCUACCUCAUCUUUAAUUUUUUUUACAGAUGAAUGUACUUACCUUUUGUGCAGGGAGUGAGUCUGUAAAGUUUAAAUUCUAUCUACCUCAUUGUCCUCCCUUCCCUCCCUGGUUUCUUGCCCUUGUCCCCAUCCCCACACACUCACAGUUCAGAACAUUUUACCUCUUUUUUUCAACCCCCAAUGGGGUUUCAUGCACAAACAAGUGUUGCUGUGCACAUUAGGUGGUUUGUGUGGUGAGUUCUGUAAACGAAGCCAAAAAAGGCUCUAUGUAACUUUUUUAAUGGAGAAAAUGGUAGUAGGUGUUUGUGGAGAAUUUGUGUUCUUGACCAUAUUGCAGUUCUUUGGGGGGGGAUUUGGGAGGGGGGACUUUUGUUUUGUUUGAUUGCUGCUGCAGCAGAGAACUUCAUCCUGUUCUCCUUUUUAUACCUCAGUGUGGUUGAUUUAUCAGUGAGCACAGCAUCUUGCUCCCAGAUGACUUGGAACAUUUUGUGACAGUGAGUGGGAUUCACUCACUGGGAAGAGCAAGUUUGUGUUAUUACUGGUUUUUGGCGUUUGUGUAUUUUUUUUCUGAAACACAGUAAUCUGACAGCACAAAUUGAAGCUGAUGAAAAUGCACAAGAAUUCCUUAAGUUUAAAACCAGAUUAUUCAUUUUAAUGGUUUGGUGCGGUUGUUGUGAAGUUUAGGAGAAAAGCAAGGCUUCCUUUAAUGCACCCCAUCUUUUUUUUUUUUUUUUUACCCUUUUUACCUGAAAGCUUAAGCGAGUUUAAAAGUUACUGUUUAUUUUAUCAUUGCACCUAAUCUGGGUAGCAGAAGAGGAUGCAAGGAGCAUUGAAGCAGGGAAAAUCAAACCAUUUUGAUUUAAUUUCUUGUUAAAUGACUAGCUUUAUUUUUUUUUUUUUUACCCCUCCCUAUAGAAAGACUUUAAGAGAAUAAUGUUUGAAUUUGCUAGAACAGAAGUGGUACCUUUUUCCAAAAGUAAGAAAUAAGCGUAGCUUUGGAGAUUCAGGGUGUGUUUUGGAGAAGUCAGCAAGUUUUUUGUGUGUGUUUAAAGAGAAUUGCAGUAACUGUCAGUG